CGGACACGGAGCGCCGGAGUGGGAGGGAGCCGAGCAAUUAUUAUGAUGAUGACUGACUGACUGACACACAGCAUCCAAAUAACGUCAGAGACUUUAUUGGGAAUAAUAGUCCGCCGAAAAGCGCUUCUUAGUUUCUCGGGGAGGAAAGAAAAAGAAAAGAAGGAAAAAAGAAAAGAAAAGAAAGGGGGAAAAAAAAGCACGCGCGCGCGCGUAUAGAGAGACAGAGAGGAGUGCGUGUUGUUGGAGCUGCGAAUUCGCUGCAAAAUAACGUGGCAAAAAAUCAUCACGAUGAUGAGAGAGAAAGAAGAAGCGGAGACGCGCGGGCGCCGAGGAUCGUCGGGAUCGUAAAGAAUUAGAGCGUCGGGCGGCGUUUCUCGGGAAGGUGGUGCUGCCGUGAACACAUGAAGGAGGUCUGCGCGACGGGCAGGACCAGCCUCACCAGCAGAGCAAAUCAUCGAUUUUGUCUUUGAUCACAAAGACAUUCAGAUGAGCAUCCACAACAUACAAUGCAGGCUGUUGCAACGUGAAUGUUUUACACGUUGAAUCCUCGUAAUGUUUACAUUAUCAUGGAGUCUGCCUGACUCCGAUUUGGAAGAAAUGGACGGCUGGAAGAGGACAGUCCUGCGAAGGCGGGGACUGGGCAGUGGACUGGCGUGGGCUCUGCAGAUGGAAGGGCCGAGGGCAACGCUCAUGGGAUAGGCUGGCCGACACACACCAUGGUGGUCUCUGUCCAAUCUCACAAACACACCAGUAGAGAAGUUUAAGCCCCGACCGAACCAGAAGACAGUGCCAGAGUGACAGUGUGAGUUGACAAAGGGCCCCUUCUGUCACAGAAGGUUCUAGAAGGUUUUCAGCAGUGACCUGCAGUCGACAGCACAGACCCCCUCCAAGCCCCAAGUAGGCUCUUUGUAUCAGAGGGAUUUGCGUGAAAACUCUGAAAUCUGACCGCGGCUGGAGUUCCUCUUGCCUCGCGAAAGGGUGAGGAGAGUGUGGUCAAAAACAGAAGACGAGAGAAGGGGACAAGUUGAGCUCUGUUGUCAUGAUGGCCCUUGAGGGGGUAUCUGAGCUUCGUGAUUGGCUUUUCCUGCUGCUUCUCUGCCUAACGCUGUUUGCCGAAAUGCUGGAGUUUGCCGCCGCCAUGGCGGUGGCACGUGGGGCAGGGAGCGAAAUUGAUGUGACUUGCCCCGCGGCUUGCCGGUGCGAUGAGGACUUUAUCUACUGCAAUGAUCGUGGGUUGACCGCCAUCCCUCCACUGCCCUUUGCUGCCACAAUCCUCUACCUGCAGAACAACCAUAUUGACAAUGCCGGGCUGCCCACCUCCCUGGAGAAGCACCUGACUGUUCAGGUGGUGUACCUUUACGACAACGAACUGGACGAUUUCCCCAUGCACCUGCCCCCAUCCCUGCGCGAGCUCCACCUUCAGGAUAAUAACAUCCGCACCCUGCCUCGGAGUGCGCUAGCUCGGCUCCCACUGUUAGAGAAGCUGCACCUGGACGACAACUCCAUCUCCACAGUCAGUAUCGAGGACCAGGCCUUCGCUGACAACCCACGCCUUCGUUUACUCUUCCUCUCCAGAAACCACUUGUCCAGCAUUCCCUCCGGACUACCGGCUUCUCUGGAAGAGCUCAGAUUGGAUGACAACCGCAUCUCAACUAUCCCCACGCAUGCUUUCCGAGGCCUCUCUUCACUCCGUCGCCUUGUCCUAGAUGGGAACCUCCUGGCCAAUCAACGCAUAGCUGACGACACCUUUUCCCGCCUGACUAACUUGACGGAACUAUCGCUAGUGCGUAACUCCCUCCAGACACCCCCCUUCAACUUACCCAGUAUUCACCUGCAGCGCCUCAACUUGCAGGACAAUGCCCUCAUACACAUGCCACGGGGCUCCCUAGAUGGCAUGCGGCGGCUACAGAGGCUGGACUUGUCAGGCAACAACUUGACCACCCUGCCCCGCGGCCUCUUCAGGGACUUGGACAGCCUAGCACAGCUGCUGGCACGUGGGAACCCCUGGCACUGUGGGUGCAACCUGCGCUGGGUGCAUGACUGGCUACACGCUCGAGGUUCCACAAUUACAGUGCGGGGCUUCAUUUGCCAGAAUCCUGAGAGGGUGCGGGGCUUGGCCCUCCAAGACCUCAGCAGCCAGAUGGAGGAGUGCGAAAGCAGUCCUGCUGGGGCUGGAGCUGUGGGAGCGGGGAGCCGGGACUUGGGCAAUGGAGAAAAAGCAAUUGCUACAUCUACCACCUUAUCCCCUCCCCAAGGCUCACUGUUUACUCUGAGAUCCAAAAGGCCAGGUCUCCGGUUCCCUGACUCUGGCCUGGACUAUUCUCUUGGUAGCAGUGCCAACAGUAAGACACUUGUUCUUAAUGUAAAGCCCCUCUCCCCUCACUCCAUUCAUCUCACGUGGCGCGUCCCACAGCCCAGUGCCUCCUUCCGCCUCAGCUGGCUCCGCCUAGGCAACGGCGCAGCCAUGGGUUCCAUCACAGAAACGCUGGUACCGGGGGAUCGAAGGGAAUACCUGUUGAAUGCCCUACAGCCCCAGUCCAGCUAUAUCAUCUGCAUGGCGCCCCUCCCUGCAGACACCAGGAGUGCAGUCUUGGAAGGCAACGGAGACCCCGAUGAGACUCCUGUGUGCGCCAGGGCCGAGACAGCUGACCUCAGUCAGCCCAGUUCUGAGAAGGGUGAAAACCGUGGCCCUGAGCAGCUCUCUGUUCUUUCUCUUGCGGGAAUCAUUGGAGGUGCUACCGCCCUGGUGUUCUUGGCUUUGAUUUUUGCCAUCGUCUGUUGGUGCGGACACCGGACCCGACACAUCUCAGAUCGCGAGCAUUCCACAAGGAGCAGUUAUCGCAGCAACAAGCGCUACGAUGACUACGUGGAGUCGGGUACGAAGAAGGACACUUCCAUCUUGGAGAUCCGUGGGCCUGGCUUUCAGAUGACGCCCAUGGCAGCCCAGCAACCACUUCACACCAAGGCUCUACGAGAAGAUUACAUCAUCCACACUAUAUUCCCUUCCAAUGGCACUGGCCUUUACAAAGGCACCCAAAACACAAAUAACAGUGGCUUUGGUACUAACCGUGGUCACAGAGAAGGUGGUAUACCAGACAUAGACUAUUCAUACACGUGAUACACUUACUACACACUGAUGGGGAGCAGAGGUUCUCAUACUGGGCUCUGAAGGACUUGUUUUAGCUUUUGGUUUCCAUUUCCGACUUAGACCAUAAAAUUUUCUUACUGCAUAUAGACUUUUAAAGGGGUUAGAAGUUCAUAAAAUGCUUUUGCUUAACCCCUGAUCGUAUAGUGCAUAUACCGCUUACAUUUUUGACACUACAGCAAUUUUCAUAAAAGCGAUAGGUUUCUGAUCAAUAGCUUUGUUACUUUCCUUGUUAGAAUGGGUUAGGUGGACAUUAAUGCCAAAAGCAUUAUUUAUUCACUUAAUUUUACUUUCAUCUGCAAGAUGAGAGUGAAUCCAUCCUGUUCCGUGCUGCAGAAAAACAAUUUACAGAGCCGCAUCCUUAUCAGAACCACUGAAGUUCACUCUCUCAAGGGCACAAAAGCACGUCACGUGGGCUUUAUACCGCUGAUCCUUAGGUCCAGAGAACAGUCAAGAAUCCUCUCCAUAUCAAAACUUUAAAGAGAGUUAAACAAAGGUAUUAUCCCCACUGGAGGGAAUAUUGUAACUAAAAAUGAGAAUCUCGGCAAGAGACAGAUCUUUGUGUUCUGCAUAGAAGGCCUGUAGAGUACACAGAAGAAUUGUAUAGCAGAAAUAUGGCCGUGUAAGCUAGAGGAUUCUGUGUUCUCAGACUUUGUCCGCCUUAGUUUGACUUUAGUAUUUUUCUAUUUCUUUUGCACAUUGAAGAGACAGCUUUUUCCUACCAGAGGAGAAACUGACAAUGGAGAUGACAGUUCUGACAAUGAAGGGGCUCAAAUUGCUAUCAGAAUUCUUUUUUUUUUUUUUUUUUGGAAUGAGUGAAUAGGACGACAUGUUGAUGUGAAUGGAUUGAGUUGGUGGGAGAGGGAUGCAGCUAAGAGGGAUGGUAGAAUUUCGCUCUUGCUCAAAAAUUUCCCUGGACCAAAAUGACACCGUGCAUGACACUUAAGUGACAGCUGAAUUUCUGUGCGUCGCCAGACAGUACCAGAGCAAGGCAACAAGAAAUGUAAUGACAAUCAUGAGGGAACGGACUACAAGUGGGCCUCGGAUACAGAAAAAAUAAAUGGGGAAUGUUUCAAAUGCCAUUUCUCAUUGAGCAGUGAACCUACAAAAGAAAUCUCAACUGAGGGAUUAACAUGGAACAUUAAUAACUGAAAACAGCUCGCAGAGUUAAAGCUAAGACUAUAAAAGUCAAAUUCUUGCGUUGCACAAGAAAGGCUUGUUGGUCUGCAACAAUCAUUUUGAGACAAUAUCUUCAAAUGAGCUCAGAUUAGGGAGUGGAGUGAGCGGGUACGGAUCAUGGGAACAUUACAGUAAAAAAAAAUCAGGGAGAUGCCAGUAACACUGUAAAUUAGGUUUAGGAGACAGGGAUAGGCCAGGGUGUGGUGUUUCGUCGUGGGGAGAUGUUUUUAUUGUAUGUGCUGGAUCUUAUUCAGCCAUCAGUGUAAAACUGUAAGAACUUUUAAUUAAUCAGUCAGCACUUAAUCUAUGAGAGAUAAUGAAGGGAUGUGUAAAAAGGCAGAGAGAAAUUCAAAGGCAGUAGAAAAGAAUGCACAAGAAAGAAUGACAACAAGA